AUGCAUUUCACCAAGGCGAUCCUCCUCUUCCUCGUCGGGACCGCCUUUGCCGCUCCCCAUGUCAUCAACGGAGAUGAGUCUAACAAUAUAAUGAAACGCGAGUUGUUCUCCCGUGAGACCGGAACAUGCAGGGAGGUCAACAAGGCCAAGAACGAGUGCAAGAUAUUCAGCGCCAGUGCUCUCAAAUGGGUCACCUGCGGAGGAGAAUGCCCGCAAUCUGGAAACCCCUGCCAAUGCAAGUAA